AAACACAGGUCGUCGGCAAAGGUCUUAUGGUCUUUCUUUUUCGUGACAGAAUUGCAGGAAAAAUUUGCCCAGUUUUCCACACGCGACCCCACGCGUUGUAACAAUCCACAAAAUAUAUACACUGUGUGUUUCAUACAGCGAUUUACAUUUGUAAACAAUGGCUCCAUUCCGACCAAAUGAAUUACCUCUGAACGAGAACGAUUCACAAGAAAUGGUACUUCAUGAAGUUCUUAGCGAGGCCAAUGCCCUCGGAAGCUCAGUUUUGCCCCGAAGAAACGCCGUCCAGGUAGCUCAUUCCAUAAAAAAGAAGCACUAUAGGGGCGUGAGGCGGCGUCCAUGGGGAAAAUACGCAGCAGAAAUUCGCGACUCCUCCCGACAUGGUGCACGUAUAUGGCUUGGAACUUUUGAAACGGCUGAAGAAGCUGCUUUGGCUUAUGAUAAUGCGGCCUUCAAGAUGAGAGGGUCUAAAGCUCUCCUUAAUUUUCCACCUGAUAUACUAGCCGCUGCAGCAUCGACUCUUAGAGUAGAUUCCCAGAAUUUAAGCACAAACAGCUGUUCUUCAAAUUCGAAUGGUGGAUCCAUCGACCAUUCAACUGACGAAAAGGAAAGGGUUCCGAUUACGUAGAAGAAACUUUGUGCCUAAAUCUAAUAUUGAAAUUAUAUUUCGUCGGAUGUUUCUUUUCGUGUUUCUGUCUCUGAUUUGGUAUAGAACUUUGUCUUGUUCGAAGAAUCAUUGCAAGUUUUUGCUAAAGACUUACCAAUAUCAAGUCAUGUUUGAUUUA